AUGUACGGCCAGAAUGACGAGCGAAGCAGCACGGCACGGAUGUCGACAGCUUCCUCGGUGCAACAGCGUUACCACGGACCCGGCCGAACUUCUAGCGGGCUCGGGGUGGGUCGCGGAUUCCUCGGCAGCUACGGUUCGUCCUCGACGCAAUCGUCCUCGCUGGAAAAUCAGCACAGUGCCAGCACGAGUGGGACGGGCACGACGAGCCUGUUUGGUGAUCCGGUGCUACCAUCGACGCGACACGCUGACCUGCUCGGGGGUGAGGAUCUCUACCAGAACCUAAAGAGCAACAUCGAGCAGUACCAUGCGAAGCUGUAUAACGAGCAGGAACGCCAGCGGCAGGCUGAACGGGAUGCGUUGUUCGAUCAGUACGCCAAUUCUGGCACCCACAGAGGAUACCGGUCGGUGUCGGCGGCUGAUCCUGCGGUGAUGGUUGGUCCUCGAAAGCCUUCGGUUGGAAACAAUGUGACGACGUAUGGAGAGGGUGUCCGCAACAGGACCUUUGGACGGACUCAAUCAGCCAGCCAUGGCGUCGAUAUAAGCAACAGCAGAUCGAACAUCUUCGACAUGGAUCUGCUGAAGCAGAACGAUUGGAUUGAUUUUUCUGAGCACGAGUACCAGCACAGCCUUAUCCCCACCAAUAGCCGCGCGGCCGCUGACGUGCAACAGUUCACCGGCGGUAACAUAACGCGCCGGAUCGAGAACGGAGUCUUCCAGAAUUCCCGGGCUGCAGCAGCAGCUCGAGCCACGCGGCGCAACUCGAUCACGGAUGCAAGUGCGUACGGAAUGCGUGGUGAGAUCGAGAAUCGAAUCGGUGAAGUGCCUACCGGGACGGCCACGUUCACCGUGUUGGGUCAUGGGCCACCAGGACCGUUGGGCUACGAUGAAGGAGGAGUUCGCGACCUGUCGACGUCGAGUGACGCCAACAGCGAUUUGGAGCGUAUGCUACGAUACGGUCGGACGGAUCCAUCGACUGCCAUUAUCAGGGAUAAGAUCAAUACGGGAUCUAACUUUAGAGUACCGGAUGCGCGACAGCACAAAAAUACGGCAUUCACGAUCAUCAACGAAACACAACCAAAAUCCGGUUCGUUCGAUCUAACUGGCAACCUCAGGUACUCACCAUACCGCGAAAAACAUCGGGCUGCCUCCUCGCGUAUCCUUUCGGCGAGUUCUGCCACGGCUCAUGGAGCAGCAGCUGCUGGCUUUUACGGCUACGAUUACGACGAAAGCACCACCCCGGGUAGUGCGCCCCACGGUGGGUCACGGAGGCGAUUCAGCAGCUCAGAGCUUUCACUGAGCACCGUCGGAGGUCGUACGAAGCGCCCGGUCAAGUCGAAAACCUCACUCUCGAUUACGACCAACCCGGGCCGGAGGCAACGCGGCGUACUCGAGGUGAUCGUUCGCAACAAAUCGUCCGUGCCAAGUGCCAAAGUGACAAUCACGCAGCCGUCUGAGGAUGGCCGCUCGCUCACGCCGACCCCGAGUGAGUCAGGCCUGUCCGGGACGGGAACGGAGAGUGACGCACGGAUCAUCAUUCCUGAGCAUCAGCUGAGAAACCUGAAGCUGUUUGGCUACAAGCCAUUCUCGGGCCGGCCUACAUUAUCUCCCGUCCCUGACAAGGGCUCAAUGGAGAGUUCUCAGGCGGAUCUGAAACAGGAGGGUGGCGGUGCAGCGAAAAAGAGCGAGAAAGGAGGACUCCGGGCUCCCGUUUUUAACAUCCGCGGGCUGCUGUCACCCCGGCGGGAUAAGAGCAAGGACGCGCCAGAGAGCGCACCCGACAGUAAAGAACCAUCGGUGGAGCGACAACCCACGGCACCCAAGGGUGGGGAGCCACCAGCGGGGAAGGCACCAGAAGCGCAGGGUUCACCACCGAAAAAGCGCCGUUUCAAUCUCGCCCGCGCCAUCAUCGAGAGUGCCAGGAAGGGUACGAUCCCCGAACCGGAGCCAGAAAAGCCCUCGAAACCAACGGCCACCAAGUCGAUCGAGGAACCGACCGUAGGAGAGGGCGAGCGGCGCAAGAUGGCGCUCAAAAUAAAGCUGGGCAUUGUACGGUCGGGCGUUCGUAAGGACUCGGAGGGAAACGGUGUGAAAGAGAAGCGUGGAGCGAAGAAAGGCAAGACGAUGAAAGCGGCGGCAACGGCUGCGAAGACGACAAGUGCGAAGAGCAAAAAGAAGGCCACCCCAACGAAAAAAGGAGCACGCGGUUAUAACGACGAUGAUGACGAUGACUACUACGAUCCUUACGCGCCGGAUGAUCGGUCGAAAAGGACGAAAAAAUCCACUGGAGGUGGUGGCAUGCUAAAGAGUGCCCUCAACUAUGCGGCUAGCUUUCGCUCGAAAAGUGACCGUGUUGGAACGGCCGGUCCAGGUGGACGACGGAAACCGACCGCGGCUGAGCUUCCGAAAGGUGCAAAACCAUCAGGUGGUGGAAUGCAACGGGGUGGAGGCCGGGAAAUGGAAAAACUCACCCCCACCUCACGCAGGCGGGACAAAAGCGCGAAAGCGGAUGGACGGGCGGGAGCCCGAGUGAAGAGUGGAAAACGCCCUCAGGACACGGGUGGCAGGGCUAAGUCGGCGGCGGGUGCACGAGGAAGACAACUAAGACGGAGCAGCUCCGCUAUGGGACUCGAUCCUGCCCAGCUGAGACGAGCCAACAAGCUGUACGAGAAGAACCAAAAAGGUUCCUCGGGGACGGGAGGUCCUGGUGGUGCGGGGAUGGCAGGACGUGGAGGUGGCAAGAGCAGCAGUUCUAUCAUCCAAUCCAAGGCGAAUCGUCAGUCGGCAAAUGAGAUGGGUGGUGGUCCAGGUGGAGGAGGACUUGGAAAGAGCGACAGCCGGGGGGAGAUCCGCUCAGGCAAGAGCAAGAUGGCGUCAAGCGAUGGUGGAGGGUCGGACCCAAGGGAGCGGAUAGAGAAGCGGGAUUCAGAGCGAUCGCUUAAAAAAAGUGACAGCAACAAAUCGCUCGCGAAUAUGGGUGGAAAACCGAAGAAGAGCGACUCGAAAAGCUCGUUGUUGAACAAACGAACGGACUCACGCUCGAGCCUUCACCAGACGGCGGGUGGUGCAGGGGAUUCCUCCAGUGCAGCCGGAGGAGACGCGUCCGGAGCCGAGCUCGGUGGCAAGAGUCCCCUUAGCAGCGGUGGUGAUGGUGGAGCCGUUGAAGGAGGCGUGAAAUCAGCCCGACCAACGCCCAAACUUCAGAGCAAGGGCUCGCUGUUGAGUCUGAUCAGUCUGAAGGGCAGCAAGCGCAACUUGGGCGGUGGAGGUGAUGCAGGGCAACGACCUGAUACGGCUACGUCGAUGGCAGGAGCAGCGGGUGUUGAUGGAGCGAUGGCAUCCACAACUCGGUUACAUUCGGCGUCGAUGAGAAACGCCGCAGGAGCAACCGGUGCAGGGAUGGAAGGAACCGGUGAGGAUAUCGGUGGGUCGCGGGGAAGCGGUCUAAACGAGAAACCAACGAGCACGAAAACGAUGCGUCGGUUGCUGAGCAAAGGCUCGUUGUUGUCGAUCAAGAGCAUUGCGCACGCCCGCUCCUUCACCAACAUUCGUCCACCGACGUCGGAUGGGGGUGAGGGUGGUGCGAUGCCGGCGACGAUGACGAAGGUGACGGAGGGUUCGCAGGAGCAUGACGACACGACCGACACGGAGACGAGCCAUGGUGGAGCGGGAGGUGGAACCGAUGGACAAGGAUCGAUGGGUGUGGCAACGCACGAGCUGACGGUGGCUGGAGAUGGCGAAGGGGAGAAGGUAUCGAACGAGUACAACGGGGAGCACCGCAUGAAGUCACCGAUGGCGGAGCAUAGGCAGCAGGGAGGUAGCCGGAGCCCGGGACCGGACAACGUUUCAAGUGCCAACACGGAAUCGAUGCGGGAUCGAACAAUGGGGCAGGAGGGUGGCGGUGGCAGCAACAGCGACGAGUUCGACGAGGACGAGCAGCUCAAGUGUUCGAAAUGCUGCUGCGCCUGUUGUGCGCCCUGCUGGACACGGACCUGCCUGCCGUUUAGACGAUGCUUCCGGGGCUGCAGCAGCUGUUGCGGUGGUCGGGGCCGGCUCGGGAAGCGUAAGGUGGACGGUCAGCUGACGAAGGACACCCCACCCGGCACGGAGGAACCGUCCCGUCAGGGUUGCUGGUCCCGGUUGUUCGGUUGUUGUCGACGGUGCCGUAACUCGAAAACGGCCCCGGAAUCAACGGCGAUCGCUCAGCGUGCACCGGGUCCGGCUGAGGCGAAACCAAAGUCCUCAUCCUGCUGGCAAUCGCUCAGCUGUUGUGCCAGCUGUCGGCGGAAUAAAUCCCGGGAGCUAGUGCCACGAUCCUCGAUCGAUAGUGAUCCACCGGCGGAGGAUCAGCAGUCCGGAUGUCGAUCGUGCUGGAGUAAGCUGUUCAGCUGCUGCCGCCGGCCUAAGCCUGCCGAAGGGAAAACCACCCGUUUCGGGCGCCACAAAAUGGAGGAACCGGUCGAGAUGGAGACGGUAAAGUGUUGCUUCUGCUUCAAGCGGCAACGCCCGAAGGUGAAGGCGAAACCGAAGAAAAAGGUCCCUGUUAAGUCGACCUUCAACUGCCUGAGCUGCUGCAUGAUGUGCUGUAAAAAGAAGGGCGAUAACCAGAGCCGAAGGACGAGCAACCUGAGCAAGAAGCAGAGUAUCGCUCCGACGAUUCCACCCGAGGACUUGCGGCCAAAAAUCGACAUGUCGCUAGUUGAGCACUCCUCUUUGAUGCGUGGUGCAAUUCCGGUGUUGCCGAUCUGUCUAGCCUACUUCUGCUUGUUCCUCAACGUGGUUGUGCCAGGCUCGGGUACGGUGUUGUCUGGCGGUUUGUGUUUGUGCAUCGGUAAGCCCCGCUUUUCGCAGCACGACUCAAUCAAGGGCCGCAUCGGCUCGUUCAUCAUCAACUGCAUCGUUGGGGUGUCACAGUGCUUCACGAUCAUCUUCUGCGUCGUGGGCUGGGGUUGGGCCAUCUGGUGGGGCACCAUCAUGUUGCGGCUUGCAAAGCAACAUCGCAAGAUCCUGGAGAUGGAGGCUGCACAGGAAGAGGGCGAAGAACAGACGACUCUCUCCAACCGGACCGGAGCUUCCAACCCGCCGGUGGCGCUCGUUUCCAAGACACACCGUGAUGUCGAAACUGGCCGGUAG